GACAAAUCAAACAAGAUCGCACAUGACUAUAUUUAGGCUAACACAUUGAGAGGAUUUGAUGAGUCAAAGUGCUUAGAUGAACACUUCCAAAAGUCAAUAGUGGACAAAUAUAGCGGGACGUAGGUAGUAUAACGUAACCAUCAUUUGGAGUUAUCAAGAGUUGGUGUAACUAACCAUAACAGAUGAUGCAAACAGAGUUUGACAUUAAAGUCAUCCUGGGGUUGAAACAGGCUCAUAAGGAUCAUAUUCCAUUUAUUUUACAUCGCAGGCUUGGUAUUCUGGCAGUCUUAGUCUAUUAUGAUGACACUAUGGUUGCUAAUAAUGAAGACAGCAUUGGUGAUCCAUGUCUCCCUGAUUACACAAAGGUCUACUUAAAUAGACCAGAGGUUCAAAAAGCUUUGCAUAUCAACAAGACUCACUUGCCAUAUAGCUGGGAUGAAUGCAUAGGGGGCCUCAAGUCUGACGGGCCUUUGAAGGACCCGUAUGCUACUAAAAACUUUCAUACACUUUCAAGACUUUUAACAAGACAUAUCCAAAUCUUGCUUUACAGUGGAGAUCAAGAUGUGAUAAACCCCGUCGUAGAGACUCGGAAAUUAGUGCAGAUACUUGCUAAAGACUUGAAGCUCGUCCGUUUGAGGAAGAAUGGACCAUGGUACAAUGGACCUCAGAUUGGUCAAAUAAAAGGGGUUUUGUCCAAAGCAGGUGAAGGAGGCUAUGCUCAAUAUACCAAACUUCAGGAGCUCGAGUCGUGAUUGCUUUAGUAGUGGCUUUUAUAAAUCUCAAUGACACAUUGUGGGGAAGUUGAUUAUUGAUACCGCCGUCCAAUAUUUUUUUGAGUCUGGUAAGACUAUUAAGCAUAUCAGUGCCACAAAAUAUCUCUUAUCGCAAAACUUGACAACCC